AUGUUACUGGCUGUGUACGAGCAUGUGCGUGAGGGAAUGCCAGACUCAUUUGGCUGUGCCUUGUCCCCGUUUCAAGAGAUGGUUGUUGCCCUUGUGAAGUUACGGUUGGACUCAUCAUUACAAGACCUGGGCCAUCGGAUGGGUGUAUCGGCUGGCACCAUUUCCCGCAUUCUUACCAAAUGGUAUACAGCCAUGGACCGUCGACUAUCACAUUUGGUUGUCUGGCCAGGGAGGGAGGAGCUACAAGCGACAACACCAGUUUGUUUCAGGGAGGCGUUUGGCGUGAAAGUGUCAUCAAUCAUCGACUGCUUCGAAGUGUUCAUAGACAGGCCUUCAAACUUGUACACCCGUGCCCAGACAUGGUCGAACUACAAACCACACAACACGAUUAAAGUGCUGAUUGGGAUCACUCCGCAAGGUGUCAUCUCCUUCAUCUCCGAGCCGUGCGGCGGGCGCGUCAGUGACAAGUAUCUAACCCAGCACUCUCAGUUAUUGUCAAACCUUUUACCUGGAGACAUUGUCCUUGCAGACCGUGGCUUUGACAUCCAGGAGCUAGUUGCCGUGCAGGGAGCCAAGCUCCACAUCCCAGCGUUCACAAGGGGUAAGAAGCAACUGUCGGCCGAUGAUGUGCAUACCACCCGCAGCAUCGCAAACGUGCGCAUCCACGUCGAACGAGUUAUUGGGAAUCUCCGCAAGAAAUAUUCUAUUUUGCGAGGAAUACUGCCGAUUGAUUUCCUGCGUAGUCGCUCUGGAGAUGACCGACCUUUGAUUUGCCGUAUCAUUCCUGUAUGUUGUGCCCUGACCAAUCUCUGUGAUUCGGUUGUGCCUUUCGAGUGA